AUGCUGUUGAUGGUGUGGUUAAUGGAGAUGUCUGUCAGAGUAAUGGUACAAUAGACUCCUGUGCUGCCAUAUCCCAAGUGGAUCCACUACAGUCAGAACCAGAGAGUAUUUGUAAGUGGAGAGAGGAGCAAAAGGAGCGCCUGGAGCAACUUGAUGCAAACUCACGAAAGCAGGAAGCAGAAUGGAAGGAGAAAGCAAUAAAGGAGUUGGAGGAGUGGUAUGCAAGGCAAGAUGAAAAGCUCCAGAAAACAAAAGCAAGCAACAGGGUGGCAGAUGAAGCUUUCUACAAACAACCCUUCGCUGAUGUGAUUGGUUAUGUCACAAACAUAAAUCAUCCUUGCUACAACCUAGAACAGGCAGCUGAAGAAGCCUUUGUGAAUGAUGCAGAAGACAUUUUUCCAGGCACUGAGUGGGAACGUGUGGCUCAGCUCUGUGACUUUAAUCCCAAGUCUAGUAAGCAGGCAAAAGAUGUGUCCCGCAUGCGUUCAGUCCUCAUCUCACUCAAGCAGGCUCCACUGGUUCGCUGAAGGAAAGCACAAUGGAAACACUACAAAUGCAAUAUCUUAACCUUACUCAGAGAAGCAAUGUUUGCAGUAAUUGUAUUAAUUGUUUCAAUGUUUUUUGGACAAAACCUCAUGAUGUAUCUUGAGCUGAUCAUUGUUUGAUUGCAUGUCUCUGUCUGAAAUGGGAGAACCCCAAAAAAUGUAGCCUCUGUGCUAUUGUGCACUGAGAUUUCACUUCCCACAUUACUGAUAUUAAAGAUCUGUUAAACAGCAAAA